UGAUUUGUGACAAAUACUGUAUCAAAAAAUUUCAUCAAAUUAAACUGUUGGGUCCAUAAAGUCGCAAAUUUGCAAGGACCAAACGUCAAACCGCCAUUUUGCCCAACAUCCAACUUCGCGUUUGUAUCAAAGGCAAUGGUCGUUUUAAACUGUCCCAUGUGUUGUCAUGAGACAUUCGAGACGGCGGCUUCCCUCAAAUGCCACAUUUUACACAUUUUGGAGAAUUUGUUAUGUCCCACAUGCGAUCAGAAAUUCGAAAAUUUGGCCGAUUUGGCGCAACAUCUGGACGAUGAGUGUCAAGGGGGCGACGGGCAAGCCAAAGCCUUGAUAGGGCCAGAGAAGCUCCCCGACGACGGACAAUACUACUGUCAAAUGUGUAAUCUGCAUUUGGACGAUAUUGACGAACACUUAAAUCGCUGCCACCAGGGCCAGGAAGUCAUUCUGGAGGAGGAAGACGCCGAUUCUGGUGAAUUUCCGGUCGACGAAGCCACAAUUUUCAUCAUAAAUUCCAACGAGAACGACCUGGAGGAGGAAACCCGUCCGGAAGAGCUCGAGAGCACAGUUUCCCCUUCGAAAAAAUCAUCAACUGUGAGUCAAGUCAACGUGAAGGACAAAGAGGGCCGUCCCUACACUCGAAAAUUCGUCAAAAUCGACAAAUUCUGGCAGCAAGAAGACCCAAUUGGCCUCACAGAGGAAACCAAAGAGCAUAUAAUCGAAAUAAACAAAUGCGAAAAGUGCGACAUGUACGUGCCGAAUUUGGACAGUUACCAACCACACGAAUGCCAAAAAAGCGAUUCGGAGAUUUUCAAUUGCCAGGUUUGUAAUACGAAAUUUCCCACGUUUAAGUCGCUCCGCCUACAUCGACGGAUGCACGAACCAAUCAAAACGCGGCAACCGGAAGCGCCGGCCAAUUACGACGAGGAGGAGGAGUCAGUGCGACAGAUGUUCAUUUGUAAAAUAUGUAAUCGAACAUACGAUAAAGAAUACGAAGCGGUUCAUUUAGAGUCGCACAAUACAGAAAAUAAAUUCAAUUGUGAUAUAUGCAAUCGCAAGUUUUACACGAAAAUUAACCUAGAAAUGCACGUCAAGGCCCACUCGAAUAACAAAAAGUUCACUUGUUCGUAUUGUAAGAAACCUUUUGUCACUUACGAUGCUUUAAAUGAGCAUGUGUUGAAUCAGUGUCAAAAUAGGGCAUAUGCUUGUCAGUUUUGCGGCCGAAGGUUCGCGAGACCGCACGAAAAAGUCAAACACGAACGAAUCCACACGGGGGAAAAACCCCACACUUGCGAAAUUUGCGGCAAGUCAUUUAGGGUCAGUUAUUGUCUAACCCUCCAUAUGCGCACCCAUUCUGGUACCAGACCCUACAAGUGCACCCAUUGCGGGAAAAGGUUCAAGUCGCAUAGCGCCUACAACCACCAUCUACUCAUCCAUUCGGAUGUAAGGGCCUACAAGUGCCCUUACUGCCCUAAAGCCUUCAAAACUAGUGUCCAACUCGCCGGCCACAAAAACAGCCACAUUAAACCCUUCACCUGCACAGAGUGUAAUCGGCCCUUUGCGUCCCUUUACUCCGUAAGGGUACACAUGGAGACUCACAAAACCAACAACAAUCUUAAAUACGAGUGUUGGAUGUGUGGGGCUCUUUAUUCACGAGCGUUCGCACUCAAAGAUCACUUGAAACAACAACACCAACAAGACGGGGACAAGGCGAAAGCCGAGCUGGACGUGGAUGAGGAGAUGGAGGCCGCAAAUUCCAUACUUGUGAACGAGGAGGACAUUAUUCUGGGGCUGGAGGGGGCCCCGAACAUUGAGAUCAUCGAGGCGGAGGAGGGGGUUUAGUGUUGUUAAUAAAUGUUUUAGUUUU